AAACAGCGUUUACUUGCUAACUUUCACUUAGCUGUUGGCUUAAAGAACUUCUACUUGUAAGACUUGUUUAAACGUAUGAGGAAUUUCCGGUAAAGACUGUCAAAUUAAAAGUCCACUUUAUGAUUAUGCCUUUAAGUCAUUGUUGCUUUGUCGAGGGGAGCUUUAUUUUGAAAAUAUUUCCGGCAUUGUCAUUACUUCUCCGGACUAGCUUGAUGAAGCCAAGAACUUUAAUAGCUAACUAGCUAGCUGAGUGAUGUUAGCGGGAUAAGACGUUUGUUUACGAACCUGAAAGUUAGGGAAAAGUAAAAUUUAUUAUCUCAACAGGAAACCAGACAAAGUAUGGCGAUGACUGGCCAGAGCUCGUUCUCCUCCAUGAGUAACCACACCAAGGAACGGGUCACCAUGGCCAAAGUGACUCUGGAGAACUUCUACAGUAACCUGAUCGCCCAACACGAGGAGAGAGAGAUGAGGCAGCAGAAGCUGGAGAAGGUGAUGGACCAGGAGGGUCUGGCUGAUGAAGAGAAACGACUCCGCCGCUCCGAACACGCCAGGAAGGAAACAGAGUUCCUGCGCUUGAAGCGAACCCGACUGGGUCUGGAGGACUUCGAGUCCCUGAAGGUGAUUGGUCGAGGAGCUUUUGGAGAGGUCCGUCUGGUGCAAAAGAAAGACACGGGUCACGUCUACGCCAUGAAAAUCCUACGGAAAGCCGACAUGCUGGAGAAGGAACAGGUUGGACACAUCCGAGCCGAGCGGGACAUCUUGGUGGAGGCGGACAGCCUGUGGGUGGUCAAAAUGUUCUACAGCUUCCAGGACAAGAUGAACCUCUACCUCAUCAUGGAGUUUCUUCCUGGAGGAGACAUGAUGACGCUGCUGAUGAAGAAGGACACGUUGACAGAAGAAGCGACUCAGUUCUACAUCGCUGAGACGGUUCUGGCCAUCGACUCCAUCCACCAGCUGGGCUUCAUCCACAGAGACAUCAAACCAGACAACCUGCUGCUGGACGCCCGGGGUCACGUGAAGCUUUCCGACUUCGGGCUGUGCACGGGGUUAAAGAAGGCUCAUCGUACGGACUUCUACAAGAACCUGAACCACAGCCUGCCCAGUGACUUCAGCAAACAAACCUUUCAGAACAUGAACUCCAAGAGGAAAGCAGAAACCUGGAAGAGAAACAGGAGGCAGCUGGCUUUCUCCACGGUGGGAACGCCGGACUACAUCGCUCCAGAGGUCUUCAUGCAGAACGGAUACAACAAGCUGUGUGAUUGGUGGAGCCUCGGGGUCAUCAUGUACGAGAUGCUGAUAGGUUACCCUCCGUUCUGCUCGGAGACGCCUCAGGAGACCUACAGGAAGGUGAUGAACUGGAGAGAGACGCUGACGUUCCCUCCGGAGGUGCCCAUCUCAGAGAAGGCCAAAGACCUGAUUCUCAGGUUCUGCUGUGAAGAGGAGCAUCGGAUCGGCGCUGUGGGGGUGGAGGAGAUCAAAUCCAAUCCUUUCUUUGAGGGGGUGGACUACGACCACAUCAGGGAGAGACCUGCUGCCAUUCCCAUCAACAUCAAAAGCAUCGACGACACGUCCAACUUCGACGAGUUUCCCGACUCGGACAUCCUGACGCCGACAGCAGUCGCUCCCGUUUCCAACCAGACGGAAGUGGACCUGAAGAACAAGGACUGGGUCUUCAUCAACUACACCUACAAACGCUUCGAGGGGCUGACGGCCCGGGGAGCCAUCCCCUCCUACAUGAAGUCGGCCAAGAGAUGAAUCCCGGCGGUUCUGGUUGUGGUGAGCGGAACCGCCGAGACCCGGGAGGAUCCGCAGCGCCGAGGCUCGUCUCCUCCCGUUUGUUUUAUAGGAACGUCACAGAAACCUGCUGCUUUCACUCUGAUGCUUCUGAGGGUACUUCUCCUUCUCCACACCAGCCUGAACUGGGAUCAGCGGGAAUUUCCUCCUCCUGUUCUGGGUUUAGAACCAGCAUCCUUCCCAUUCCCUCUAGCCCAGCAGCAGUCGGACGGAUCCUCCGAAGCCCCCCAGCCCCGUGGACGUUUCAGCUCAAACCAGGUGCUCUUCCGGUAUUCUGUCCAGAUGUUCCUGCUGUUGGUUCUGGUGCCCCGACCAAAGACCGGUGCUGACCCACGACUCUUCUUCAUCUUCCUCUCCCUCCUUUUUCCAACUUCCUGCUUCUACUCUCCCGGUUGCUCCCGGUUGCUCUGACGCAUGUGAGAACAGGAGAACAAACUCCGGUCGGGUUAGGUGUUCAGCGGUGACGGCGCUCCGGUUCGGCUCCGCCCCCGACCCGUUUAUUUAUUUUAACGAUGGACGCUGCGUUCUUUAGAUUAGUUCUGUUUUAAAGUCUGAGCGGAGAAAGUCGGUUUGGGAGUGGAAGGCAUCACCGGGAACGCUGACGCUGACUCAUCAGCAGCCUGGUCUCUGGGAGCUGCGGGAGCGUCGCGGUGCGGACCGGAAACCGCCGGCUGCUCGGUAAAUAAACUCGUUAGAGCUUUAAAAAGGCUCGACUUCUUUUAAAGGUUUGAUUUACUGAAUCGUCUUUUAACGGAUCGGAUUUGAGUUUCAUCGUGAAGUUUUUUUUACCCAAACCGUACACGUCAACAAUAAAACAGUUGAUGUUUGUUUUUAACGUUUUAGUUUAGUUACUUAGCCCGGAUUACCCAGCAUGCAUCAGGAGAGAAGUCACGUUCCCGCUACCCGUCCCGGAGCACCGUUGCCGUCACUGAGCCCGAUCGCCUCUCCGGGAAAGUGCACGUGUUGAUUUUAGAGCAGCUGAGGUCCGGUUCUGAUCCACAGGGCUGAACCGGUUCCACUGAACACCAGAUCCAAAAUGCUGUCGUUUCCAAUGAAUGUAACGGAACUUUGUGCAGAUUUAGUUUUUAAAGCGCGGAGUCGGAGCAGCGCUGCUGGGAAUGAAGCUGGUUGGGCAGAGCGAUAGGAACACCUGGAAGCCUGUUUCUGCUGGACGGAACCAGCAGGGUUUGGAUCCAUGAGGAACUUUAUGACCACAGCAGUGGCGGUGGGGGCGGGGUCAGUGGAGGUGGGGGCGGGGUCUGAGUGUUUUCUAUGUAUGAUGUAGAUGAAGAGCAGCUUUCAUGUUUUAGAGAAGCAGACACUUUUUUAUUUAAUGUUUACUUUGCUGCGUGUGUGCAUGUGUGUGUGUGUGUGUACGUGUGCUUGUGUGUGUGUGUGUGUGUGUGCAUGUGUGUGUGUGUGUACGUGUGCGUGUGUGUGUACGCCGCGGGGUUUGGGAAGCUGCGUGUAGAUUAUUUAAACCACUGCUCUUUGUAACGUGUGGCAGAUGUUUUAUUUGAUGCUUUUGGACAAUGAAUUACUCUGCACUUAAAA